AUGUCUACCACAAGGUCACAGCCUACGUGGCUGAUUCUAGCAGUGGCUAGUGGAGGGUGUGCGGCGUUCAAUGGCGUCUUUGCGAAACUAACAACAACUGAGCUCACGGCUUCGUGGGCGGGCGCCAUAGCGAAGGCAUUCUCCCUCGAUGCAGAUAACAAAGUCGUUGAAUACGCCAUCCGUGCUCUGUUCUUCGCCCUGAACCUCGUCUUCAACGCAGUGAUGUGGGGAUUAUUUACACGGGCUCUUACCCUAGCAUCUUCCACUGUGCGUGUGAGUGUGAUAAAUACCUCAGCGAACUUCAUGAUUACCGCGGUCCUUGGAGCCCUCAUCUUUUCCGAGACGUUACCAGGCUUAUGGUGGGUUGGCGCCUCACUCCUGGUUGCUGGCAGUGUUAUCAUCGGAAGAAGAGAGGAGGGUAACAAAGCUGGUGGGGAAGCUACUACAGUGACCGAGCCGUUGAUUGAGGGGACCAACGAUGCAGAUUCUAGGUUCAAAGACGAGGAUGAGCCGGACAAUCAUAAUGGACUGGAGCUCAACACUGUCAAUGAUCCCGACGGCGAAAGAUCAACGGAUGACGAGGAUGCCACCUUGAAAUAA